CCUCCCGCGCCAUGGCGCUUCCUUGGCGGGCGCUGAGCGCGGCUUCUGACAGAGCGACCUGGGCCAGGCGGCGCGUCGUUCUCUGCAGGUACUUUUCAGGAAAUGCAGAGCUGCAGAAGAAAUCCCCUGUUCCUCAAGGUGCAGUAUUGGGGAGAGUUGCUGAAGAAAGUAUUGUUCUUCCAAGAAAGAAAACCUGGGACAAAUUAGCAGUCCUCCAAGCACUUGCAUCAACAGUGCACAAGGAUCCCACAGCUGCACACUCAGUGUUUCAAGAUGACCCUUACCUUAUUCCUCGAACUAGUACUGAGUUUCGUUUAUUUUCCUUGUCGAAAGAGUCUGGGCAAAAUGCAGCCAAAUACAUAGUUAACACACAUCCUGUAUUUUUUGGGCAGGACAUAGCUGAACCCCAUAUAUUGAGUCUGAUGCCGGAGAACUUGGCAUUGCAACUUGAAGAAGUGAGUGAAGCUGCACUUAAAGAACGGAUCCAGCUCAGAAAAGUUAAAGCUGCUGUGGACACAUAUGAUCAACUCCAACAAUCAGGUACACUUAUAUCUCUGGAGACAGCAAACAGUCUUCUGGAUCUCUUAUGCUUUUUUGAAGAUAAUGAACCUGUUCCAGCAGCCCAACCAACAGAGAACAGGGAACUGGAAGAACAGGAAGAAAGUGUGGAAGUAAGAAAGCAGAGAAGGAGCUUUUGGCAUUCUACUAAUACCACGUGCAUUAAAUGGAGGGAGAACAACAAUGCAGAAAGGGUAUUCAGCCUCAUGCCAGAGAAGAAUGCACAUUCAUAUUGCACUAUGAUCCGAGGAAUGGUGAAGCAUAGAGCAUACUCAAAGGCUUUUGAUAUGUACACUGACUUGCUGAACAACAGGUUUAAAGCUGACGUGUAUACCUUUAAUGCAUUAAUUUCAUCAGCUGUGGAAGUAAAGGAUAAAUUUAUUGAACGAUGGGAACUUGUUGAAGACUUGCUGAGACAGAUGGCUCAACAAAACGUGCAGCCAAACCUCCUAACCUUUAAUUCUGUGCUGAAGGCACUGGGGCAGUGUGGCUCUUUAGGCAAGAGUAUGGCCUUGCAGACCCUGAGUGAAAUGAGCGCACUUAACAUAGAACCCUCUUUGGCAACAUAUGACUAUCUUCUUGGCAUAUUUUAUAAAUCUGCCAUCUCUGCUCGAGGCCCAACAGAGAUUAUCUAUGAAGUGGUGGAUGAAAUUGAAGGAAAGAGCUUUUACCCCCAGGAUCCUGCUGAUGCCAACUUUUUUUCAAAUGCUAUGAGAAUUUGUUUGGAUAUGAAGGAUGUUCAGCUCGCCUAUAGGCUACACACAGUGGUGGAGACAGGAGAAAACUGGAAAAUGAUGGGAAAUAUGCGCCAGCAGUUCUCUUAUUAUGGAAGGUUUUUACAUUUAUUGUGCAUGAUGGAACAUCUUGAUGUUAUUCUGAAGUGGUACAAAGAACUUGUUCCUUCAAUGUUUUACCCAACAUCUGAAGGGAUGCUGGAUCUUCUUCAGGCACUGGAUGCAGCUGGCCGUUUGGAUAUGAUCCCCCAGAUUUGGAAAGAUAUCAAGCAGCUUGGACAUGGUCACAGAGUUGCUGUGGUGGAGGAAGUUCUGGCUCUUAUGGCCAGAGAGAGACAGUCUCUGGAGACUCAGAUGGCUUUUGCUGAUAUUGCUACAGAUAUAAAAUCUGUUUAUGAAGUACAGGAAAGAAGCUAUGCCCCACUUGAAUGGACAGCUGUUUCUCUGGGUAACUCUGCUCUCCUGUUUGCUAGGGCUGGAAGAACACCAGAAACCUGGAGCAUGCUACAGCUUUUUAAGAAGCACAGCCGAGUCCCCAGUGAUUCAGUGAUGAAUGAGGCAUUGGACUGCAUUAGACAAAGCAACCAGCCAGAUCAGGCACUUGACCUAGUAAAGCUGGCUGCUGAUUUCAGUUUACAAUCAACUUCAACACUUGCUGGGAGAGUGCUGAAGGAAUUCCAGCUCUCUGAAGAACAAAGGAGUGCUUUGGAGGAUAUGGGUGGCAUUGAACAGCAAAUAGAUGCCAACAAGGAAUCUCGUAUUCUUUCCUGAUCUGCCAUAUGACAGACAAGUGGGAUACCCUGGGAGAAGGUGCUGGGCUUAACAGCUGAUUGGGAUGGUGUUACUUUUCUGCUGUCCAAUGACACAAUUGAUAAUGCACACGGAAUAGCAAGCUUCAGCCUGAUCUCUGUGGCCCUCUCCCCCUCCAGUUCAUUUUAGAAACUGGAGGUACAUACCUGAAAAAGAAAAUAGCUGUAUGGGAUUGCUGCUGUUUUCUCCACAAAAGGUAAAGAAAUGGAAACUGCAAUACCAUUUCCAGCUGCUGUAGUUUUUUUCCCAACUGAAAGCCCGGUCCUCUAAAAAGGUGAUUUGUGAGGAGGAGGAUUUUACACCUAUAAAGAUGAACUUCUUACCUCAGCUCUGGCAUAAGUAUUGUAUGCAUGGGAUAGGAGUUUCCUCUGCCAGUGUGGUGCAAUGUGCUGCCUUUCCAUUCAUCUUGUAGCAGUGGAGAAUCUAUUCUAGGUGCCCUGUGCCGCCAUACCUAGAGUAUUGGAAUCUGAAGUUCUUAAGCUUCCUUCAGUAUGCUUGUUCCGAAUCUAAAUUGUAAAGGCACGUGUUUGUUUUUUCUGUUGUAAGAUAUUUUUGUCAGUUCUUAAAUAGUUUGAAAUCAUUUUGCAGACUUUCCUGCCAAUAAAUUUCCCUGGACAGUUA